AUGAAUCAUAUAACGGUUAAAAGUAUAACCUUAUUGGUGGUAGGAAUAGGUUAUGGAUUGAUACAUUAUUACUUAAAUUUUAAGAAAAAAAAAUUAAUAAAUUUAUUAACAGAAGGAAAUAUUUGUAUAGUUGUUGCUCAUCCAGAUGAUGAAAUUAUGUUUUUCUUACCAACCUUAAAAUUGUUAUUUAAUAAUAAAAAUAAAACUGAAAUUUUUAUUUUAUCUCUUUCUAAUGGUAAUUAUUAUGGUAUCGGAAAAGUACGAGAAAAAGAAUUUACGAAAGUUUGGUCAUAUUUAGGAGGGCAUCCAAAUAAUUAUAAAAUAAUUGAUGAUCCAAAUAUGCAAGAUGGUUGGAACCCAUGGAAUGAACAAUAUGUUUCUAAAGUUUUAUCAAAAUUUUGUUCUAAACGUAAUAUAAAAAAGAUUUUAACAUUUGAUGAAUAUGGUGUUUCAGGCCAUCCAAAUCAUAUAAGUGUUUAUAAAGGCGCACAGAUAUUGGCCAAAUCAAAGAACAUACAAUUGUUUUCCCUACAUUCAACGAAUUUAAUACAAAAAUAUUUGGGAGUCUUAUCUUUUCCUUUUAUUUUUCACAAGAGUCUUUUAUCGGUAUCAUUCAACCCUUUUUCGUUAUUGAGAUUAAUGUUCUUAUACAGAUCACAGUUCGUUUUCCAUAGAGUCUUAUUCUGCCUUUUUUCCCAAUAUGCCUAUUAUAAUACUUAUGUCUUGCAUGAAGAUACUUAA